CGCCGCGCCCGCGCCCGAGCCCGAGCCCUGGAGGCCACGCCAGCUCUCGGGACAGGCCGAGCGGGAGCCGCGGAACACAGGCGGAGCCGAGCGAGCGGGCCGGACGCCGCGGGAGAAGGUUUUUCCUGUGAUGGGCAUGUUUGAGGUGAAGAGAGAAGCAUCAUUAGAGAAGCGGUUUGCCGUAGAAAAGGCUUCUUGUUUGGGGAACCUGGGUUUCAGAUGAAUUUACAACUGAUUUUCUGGAUUGGAUUGAUCAGUUCAGUUUGCUCUGUGUUUGGCCAAGCAGAUGAAAAUAGGUGUUUAAAAGCAAAUGCCAAAUCAUGUGGAGAGUGUAUACAGGCAGGGCCAAAUUGUGGAUGGUGCACAAAUUCAACAUUUUUACAAGAAGGAAUGCCUACUUCUGCUCGGUGUGAUGAUUUAGAGGCCUUAAAAAAGAAGGGUUGUCAUCCAGAUGACAUCGAAAAUCCCAGAGGCUCCAAAGAUAUAAAGAAAAAUAAGAAUGUAACCAACCGUAGCAAAGGAACAGCAGAGAAGCUGCAGCCAGAAGAUAUUACUCAGAUCCAACCCCAGCAGUUGGUUUUGCAAUUACGAUCAGGGGAGCCUCAGACAUUUACAUUAAAAUUCAAGCGAGCUGAAGACUAUCCCAUCGAUCUCUAUUACCUUAUGGACCUCUCCUACUCUAUGAAAGAUGACUUAGAGAAUGUGAAAAGUCUAGGAACAGAUUUGAUGAAUGAAAUGAGGAGGAUUACUUCAGACUUCCGAAUUGGGUUUGGCUCAUUUGUGGAGAAAACUGUGAUGCCUUACAUUAGCACAACGCCAGCUAAACUCAGGAACCCUUGCACAAGUGAACAGAACUGUACCAGCCCAUUUAGCUACAAAAAUGUGCUCAGCCUUACUGAUAAAGGGGAGGUAUUUAAUGAACUUGUGGGUAAACAGCGCAUAUCUGGGAAUUUGGAUUCUCCAGAAGGCGGCUUUGAUGCAAUCAUGCAAGUUGCAGUUUGCGGAUCAUUGAUUGGCUGGAGGAAUGUGACACGGCUGCUGGUGUUUUCCACGGAUGCUGGGUUUCACUUUGCUGGAGAUGGGAAACUUGGUGGCAUUGUUUUACCAAAUGAUGGACAGUGUCACCUUGAAAAUGAUGUGUACACAAUGAGCCAUUAUUAUGAUUACCCUUCUAUUGCUCACCUUGUCCAAAAGCUAAGUGAAAACAACAUUCAGACGAUUUUUGCAGUUACUGAGGAAUUUCAGCCUGUUUACAAGGAACUGAAAAAUUUGAUCCCUAAGUCAGCAGUAGGAACAUUAUCUGCAAAUUCCAGCAAUGUAAUUCAGUUGAUCAUUGAUGCAUAUAAUUCUCUUUCUUCAGAAGUCAUUUUGGAAAACAGCAAAUUACCGGAAGGAGUAACAAUAAAUUACAAGUCCUACUGCAAGAAUGGGGUGAAUGGAACAGGGGAAAAUGGAAGAAAAUGCUCUAAUAUUUCCAUUGGGGAUGAGGUUCAGUUUGAAAUUAGCAUAACUUCAAAUAAAUGUCCAAAUAAGAAUUCUGAAACCAUUAAAAUUAAGCCUCUGGGCUUUACUGAAGAAGUAGAGAUUAUUCUUCAGUUCAUCUGCGAAUGUGAAUGCCAGAGCGAAGGCAUCCCUGGCAGUCCCAAAUGCCAUGAUGGCAACGGGACCUUUGAGUGUGGCGCCUGCAGGUGCAACGAGGGGCGUGUUGGGCGACAUUGUGAAUGUAGCACAGACGAGGUGAACAGUGAAGACAUGGACGCUUACUGCAGGAAAGAAAACAGCUCAGAGAUCUGCAGCAAUAAUGGGGAAUGUGUCUGUGGACAGUGCGUGUGCAGGAAGAGGGACAAUACAAACGAAAUUUACUCUGGCAAAUUCUGCGAGUGUGAUAAUUUCAACUGUGAUAGAUCCAAUGGCUUAAUUUGUGGAGGAAAUGGUGUUUGCAAGUGUCGUGUGUGUGAAUGCAACCCUAACUACACAGGCAGUGCAUGUGACUGUUCUCUGGAUACGACUUCCUGCAUGGCUGUAAAUGGACAGAUCUGCAACGGCCGGGGCGUCUGUGAGUGUGGCGCCUGUAAGUGUACAGACCCCAAGUUCCAAGGGCCAACUUGUGAGAUGUGUCAGACCUGCCUUGGAGUCUGCGCUGAGCAUAAAGAAUGUGUUCAGUGCCGAGCCUUCAAUAAAGGAGAAAAGAAAGAUACGUGUGCUCAGGAAUGUUCACAUUUCAACAUUACCAAGGUUGAAAAUCGGGACAAAUUGCCCCAGCCAGGCCAGGUGGAUCCCCUGUCCCAUUGUAAGGAGAAGGACGUUGACGAUUGCUGGUUCUACUUCACAUAUUCAGUGAAUGGGAACAAUGAGGCCACUGUUCAUGUUGUAGAGACUCCAGAGUGCCCCACUGGUCCAGACAUUAUUCCAAUUGUGGCAGGUGUGGUUGCGGGAAUUGUUCUUAUUGGCCUUGCAUUGCUGCUGAUUUGGAAGCUUUUAAUGAUCAUUCAUGACAGAAGGGAAUUUGCCAAAUUUGAAAAGGAAAAAAUGAAUGCCAAAUGGGACACGCAAGAAAAUCCGAUUUACAAGAGUCCUAUUAAUAAUUUCAAGAAUCCAAACUAUGGACGUAAAGCUGGUCUCUAAGUUGCCGGUGAAAAUCCUAUUUAUAAGAGUGCCGUGACAACUGUUGUCAAUCCGAAGUAUGAGGGAAAAUGAGCACUGCCUGUGCGUAUCCACAACACUGAAUGCAAUGUAGUAAUUCCACAGUCACAGCAAGGUAGCUUCAGGGCCGUGUUGCCAUGGUUCUCUUAGGGGAAAGUUCUGAAAAUGUACAAUAUGUAUAAUUUGAAAUUUUUUUUAUUUUGAAAAUAAUGUUAUAAUCAAUGCCAGGGACUGACAAAAGACUUGAGACAGGAUGGUUAUCCUUGUCAUCUAAGGUCACAUCGUGCCUUUUUGACCUUUUCCUCCUGGACUAUUGAAAUGCAGCUUUUAGGGGAUUAAGCGAUAUUUCUAGAGUGAUUGAAAGGGCAGCAGUUAAAGUAAUGAGUAUGAUGAGAGUUUCUGUUAAUCAAGUAUUAAAACUGAUUUCUAGCUUUGCAGAUAUGUCACUUUUCAGUUAUACAGAAUCCAAAGUCCUUCUAGCUAGUUUAGAAUUCUUUUAAAUUUAUUAUUUUGUUAUUUGCCUUAUUAGACAUGACUGAUGACAUAUCUGAAAGAUGAGUAUGUUGGGAGUUACUGGUGUAAAAUAAUGAAAUGUUUGAUCUAUAAAGGCCAUGGGAAAACUCAGAGUUAGGAAGGGAAAACAUAGCUUUAAAACCUGUGUGCCAUUUUAAGAGUUACUUAAUCUUGGUAACUUCUAUGCCUUCUCAUUUUAAAUUCAUGCCUUGGAUAAAAGUAUUGGGAAAUUUUCUGCAAAAAAAUCUUUGAUUUAGCAUUAUUUACACAAAGGCCUUAAUUUACAUAGUAUUUGCUGAAUUGGGGACCUCUGGGUGAAUUUAUUUUAUUCAUUUUAUUUUGUUUAAAGCCUGGUGCUUUUUGUCACCACUUCUAAUCAUUUAAUGUAGUUGUUUGCAAUUUUGGGUAAGACUUUUUUAUCCGUACUUUUUCAUUGAUGUUUAGCUGUACAUUUGCCUUUAUAAUGAACAUGUGAAGUUGUGCUAUGGCUUAUGCAACAGCUAUCACUUAAGCAAUUCUUAAUUUCAAUUAGUGCUAUAACAGACCACUGUAUAUUUUCUCACUGUUUGCAUUUCCUGUUUUGUUUCAUACUAGUCACAUUCUUAUUUUAAGUGCCUUUUAAUUUUAACAGUUCACUUUUUACAAUGCUGUUUACUGAAGUUAUUUAUUAAAUAAAAAUGCCUAAAAUAUUUAAAUUGGA